CUUUGUGGCUGCCUAUGAGGAUUUGACGAGCGAGGUGCCUGAAGUUAUGGAGGAUGCUAUUUCAGAGAUUGCUAGGAUGUCAGCUCGCUACCUGGAUCUCACCCCGCCUCCAAGAAAUUCUUCGCUAUCAUUGGGUUUACGGGAUUUGAAUAUUAAGGAUAAGAAAAAGCAAAGCGGAAAUCAGCAGGAAGAGUUUUUUUAAAUGACAAGAUCUAUCAAGAAAGGCAACACAUCAAGAAACAAAGCACACAUCAUCAGAUUCUUUAUCAACUCUACUAGCUGAACAAAUGAGCAAGAAGGGGUAUUUUUGGUACGGAAACGAGUACGUACAUACAGAAGCAAGCAUGAACACAGAUGGAAAUUUGAGCAACAAAAAAUUGAGAGUAUAAUCGAGCUUACACAAAUUGAGAAAUAUGCAUAACUUAACAGCCUGAGAAAUUGAUCAAACGGAAGAGACGACGAUGCUGAGUUGGUUCAGAAAAGGCAAGAAGAAGAAUGAGGGCGGAGGAUAUAGGAAGGAUAGGCCGCCUGAAGAUGACUGCUGCCCCAUUUGCUUUGAUGACUUCCACGUUCCUUGCCGGACUAACUGCGGCCAUUGGUUUUGCGGCAGCUGCCUUCUUUGGCUUUCGAGAUUCAUGGCAAAUUUCCGUCUGUUCAUAUGCCCUAUGUGUCAAUCCUGUGUAUAUAAACUUGUUCCCCACUCACCUGUACUGAUUCAGCCAGGAAGAGAAGAAGUUGGUGAGAUCCUCGGAGAGAUCAAGCAAUUUAAUUGUGUUGACGAGUCAGGAAGAGAACUUGAUGAGAUCCUUGCAGAGAUGGAGCGAAAUCGUCGUGAAAACGAGGCCAGGAGGUUUCGCUUCUUCAUGCUAUGUUCUUAUGCUGAAGCUUUUGUUCUGCCGAUAGAGGAAGAGCUCCUGAUUGAAGUGGUGGAUUUUAUGCUUGGCGCAAUGUGGUUGAUAAUUCUGCUGACGCAAUCUUUCUAUGUAAUAGAGGACUUCCUUUAUUGGUCAAAUGAAGGGAUUGAAUUCCGAGUAAUUCAAAUACUGAGAUGUGCUCUGCUUGUACUUGGUAUUUGGAUGAGUAGGCGACAUCUGCGGCGGGAUAGAAUUUGAGGCAAUUUGUCUGAAUAGAAUGGAGAUCGAUUAUGGAUUUUGUUGCAGGAAUGUGUUUUUGUGAAAAUUCAAAUGCUUGAUGUGGAUAGUGAUUUUCUUUGUCUUGUCCAACAACAACUCAUCAUUUGGAGCU